GUGUGGGGGUUCACCUGUUCCAGCAGCAUAUUCAGCGCCCUCUCAUUAUGGCGGGAGGCAUUGUCUGUCAAGCUGGAUUGCUCACUGUACUGUGGCUCUGGACGCCCCUUAAAGAUGAUGCGGCAGUUUUUUACGUCAUCGCCGGAGGAUGGGGGCUCUGCCACGCCAUCUGGAAGACACUCACGACUACUUACUUGGCAUCUACUUAUGCUGAAGACUGGCCAAUUCCCUUCUGUGCAUAUUAUCAGUUGCAGUGCAUUGGAUCGGCAUUUGUGUUUGCUAUCUCAUCUUACUUGUGUUCCGAAAUUAAGGUUUGCUUGCUUGCUGCUGCCCUUGCUCUAGCCCUGGUCCCGUAUACUGCUCUGGAAUUCCGUAUUCAUCAAAGAAGCAGGACACAAACCAAUACCACAGCUCUCUAAGUGCACGUUGGAAGGAA